GCCGGCCGGCUGUUAGACGCCUUUAUCCUCGGCUCCAAAGCCGACGCUUUCCACUUCGCCGUGAAUGCGAGCUGCCAUAAACCAAAAGGUAGACAGACCAUCAACUUGUGUUUUCCAAUUUUCUUUCCAUUUAACGCGCACUCUCACCAAUCGAUCCAUCGUGAGAGCCUUGGAUAAGAAUUUGACUACGACUGCUCGCUACGACCCAGUACGUUGGUGACAUCACUUUUCUCACCAGCUUCCAAGCUUCGGCCCACGACCAGUAAAGAUGAAUGCUCUUCGCUGCUUGCGCCCUGCGGCAUCCCGCGUCAAGGCAGUGCCUUUCCCAAAGGCAACCUUGCCUGCCUUUACGCGCCCAUACAGCUCAAAGAACUACGAAUACAUCCAGGUAUCGACACCGAAGCCGGGCGUUGGUCAAGUGACGCUCAACCGGCCCAAAGCCCUCAAUGCGCUUUGCACACCUCUCAUCAACGAACUCAACGAUGCUCUGGCUGAGCUCAAUGGCUCCGAUGAAGCCCAUGUGAUCGUGGUCACUGGCUCGCAGAAGGCUUUCGCCGCCGGAGCCGACAUUAAGGAGAUGGCGCCUCUUACCUUCUCCGAGGCGUACACAAAGUCCUUCAUUGAGUCCUGGUCAUCGCUCACCACGCAAGUGAAGAAGCCAAUCAUUGCUGCCGUGUCUGGCCACGCUUUGGGUGGAGGAUGCGAGUUGGCGAUGAUGUGUGACCUCAUCUACUGCACUGAGAACGCCAACUUUGGCCAGCCGGAGGUCAAGCUGGGUACUAUUCCCGGAGCUGGUGGCAGCCAGCGCUUGACUGCUGCCAUUGGGAAGGCGAAGGCUAUGGAGCUCAUCCUCACCGGAAAGUCCUUCUCGGGCGUAGAGGCGGAGAGGUGGGGUAUCGCGGCAAGGACGUUCCCCACGUACGAGGCUCUGAUGGAGGAGACGCUCAAAACGGCCGAGACCAUUGCUGGGUACUCCAAGGUUGCGGUGCAGGCCUGCAAGGAGGUGGUCAACAAGAGCCAGGAUCUGCCUCUGCGCGACGGCGUCGAGUUUGAGCGCCGUGUGUUCCACAGCCUCUUCGGUAGCCAGGAUCAGAAGAUUGGGAUGAAGGCCUUUGCUGAGAAGAAGAAGGCUGAGUGGACGCACUCAUAGACGAGACAAGGCGCAUGUCAACGGCUCGGUGCUACCAGCGGGAAGCUGGGCGUAUGUAUGUAACGUUAUACGAACCACCUAGGUGCUGAAUCAAGUCGUUGACACAGUAGUCAUCAUAGAAUGUGCUUGUCUGUAUGUUUGCCAUGCU